AUGCCUACAUCCAUCCCCUACGACUCAAGCCUCACUCUCAUGAGUGUCGUAAACCAAGAUGCCCUCAGAAGCGUCGAAGCAAUCUCCGCACUCCAAGCCCCCGUCGACGCCGCCCAGGACGCUCUCAACUCCCUCAUCUCCUCAAAGCGCAGUCUCACCAUGACAAAAACCGAGCUCAAAAAUCUCGGCGUCGGCACCGACGCUCUCGACGAAGAGCUCAAGAAUCUCAACGUCGCUGUUGAAGCAUCAGCUGGUGCUUAUGCCAUUGCAAAAAUGGCAGCUGAACCUCAGAUCACCGCUAUAAGAAAGGACAUCCAUUCUGUUCACAAGCAGAUUGAGAGUCCGGUUGAUUAUAUGCGCAGUGAGAUUAGGAACAUGGCGCUAGCGAAUGAUACGAUGAACAUGGAUGUUCAGUAUUUUUCUUUCGAUUCGAAUUCGCAGAAUUCUGCUACGUAUAGCGCUCAGAUUGCGUCGUAUGUUUCUGGGGCUGUUAGUAGUGUUUUUGGGGCGAAGCAGUCGAUGAAGAUUGGAAACGCGGCUUCUCGACAAGUCAGUCGUCAGGUCAGUUCGCACAGUAUCGAAGGUACUCUCGUUCUGUCUGUGAGUUGCACGCACAAGAAUGCUUCGAUUGUAGCUCCGUUCGUGCUACAUGUCGAUAAGGCUAUCAAAGUCUGGAACCACCUCUUCCCUGGGAGCAAGCUGGAUCCGACCAGUGGAACAAGCAUGAUGCAGUGUGCCAUGAACGAGAGCCAGGAAGACAAAGAAAAGUUCUCCAUCAUUUCAGGCGUCACUUAUGGAUCGAGCUUCGUUGGAAUGGUUCACGUGCUCAAUACGACGACUUCGUCUGCUUCAGAUUCUAUGGAGGCCGCUGCCUCGCAGAUGCAGCAGACGAUGAAUGUCGGUGCUUGGUUCGCCAAGGCAGAAGGCAAAGUCGGCGUUGACUCCAACUUCGCCAGCAACGUGAAGAAUCUUCUGAGCCAGCAGAACAUCCAGUCUCACGUUACAGUCCUGACCAUGGGCGUUAUUCCAUCUAUGGUAGCCAACGAAGUCGCAACCGCCGUCAGCAAAUUCAACGAUUUUGACCCCCAAUCCAACAUGGCGGCUGUGGCUGCUAUGCAAAACGCAGUUUCUUCUGACCAAGCCUCCGUCCAGUCCAUGGCUGAAGCAUCCCGAACAACUGGCCAGGCAUCUGAAAUGCAGGGCAAGAAGAUCGAGGCUUCUCUGAGUACUCUGGCAACUAUUGACGGAGAAAAGAAUAAGAUUCUUGAUGUUAAUUCUAUGAUGACAGCUUUGGAUGAUUACUUAAGAAAGGCUGCGGAUGGAAAUGCUGGUAUUCCCAUCAACUACUAUCUUAAGGACAUUGAUAAGAAGAUGCUGGCGCAAAUGUGGGCUGCUAAGUAUUAUCCUGGUGAGUUCAUGUCUAUCAAGUAUGAUGAUAGCGAGAAUGGAGGAUCUGCUGAGGAGGACCCCAAGGCAAAACUGUAA